CAAAGAACCAUCCCCGUCCACAUCUACCGCCCCCGCAACCCCGCCAAGCCCCCACCCGGUGCUCCUCAACUUCUGCGGCGGCGGCUUCAUCAUCCAAGGCCACGGCUUCGACCACACCUACUGCAGCCACAUCGCCGCCCACACCGCCUACACCGUCUUCGACGUGCAGUACCGCAUGGCCCCGGAGCAUCCCUUCCCCGCCGCCCUCGAAGACGCAGAGGAUGUCCUGGGCUAUGUGCGCGCGCGGCCGGAGACGUACGAUGCGAGUCGCGUGGCCCUGAGCGGGUUCUCGGCGGGGGGCAAUCUGGCGACGAGUCUGGCGGCGAACCACGAGGGCCCGUUUAAGGCGCUCGUGGCGUUUUAUCCGUUGGUGGAUGCUGUCAGGCCGUUGGGGGAAAGAAAGGCGCCGGAGCGUGGGGGGUGGACUUUGCCCGGCUGGUUUGUGAGGUUUUGUACGGUGGCGUAUUUGAGUGGGGGGUUUGAAGGGCAGGGUGGGGAUGUGAGGAUUUCGCCAUUGCGGAGGGCGGUUGUGGAUGGGUGGCGGGUCGAGAGGGUUUUGUUGGUUGCUGCUGCGAGGGAUUUGUUCGCCCCGGAGGUGGAGGAGUUGGGGGCUCUGCUUGCAAAGGGCGGCAAUGGCGGGUUUUUGAAGAAGGUCGUUGUUGAGCGGGUCGAUGGGGUGGGUCAUGCUUGGGAUAAGGUUGCGAAGGAGGGCACGGUGGGGUGGGAGAAGAUGAUGCGGGUUUAUGGGAUGGUGGUGGAUUUGUUGGAUUAG